CACAGCUAAAUUAGCACGUGAAGGGAAAUUGACAGCAUUAAGUACAUUUCUUCGAAAACAAAGACCAGAAUUACAUGGAUUGAGUCUUUGACUCAGUAAUAAGAGAGAAGGAGCAACAAAGCAAAUCCAAGGUUAUGUGGAAGAAGGAAGUAAUAAAGGUAGAAGGACAAGUUAGUGAUACAGAGACUGACAACUACCACAGAAAAUAAAAGGGAAGAUUAACAAAAGUAAAAGCUCGUCUUUAGAGGAAUAGAGAGAGAUUUCUGCCAAGAUUAGAAAAAGAAGAUGCCGGGCCUACUGUGGGAGCGUGAGGGAUGCCACGAAUUCCGUCUGGAGGCAUCUUUGAGCUCACCAGGUAGACACCAUGAGCAAAGCUCACCCUCCCAAGUUGAAAAAAUUUAUGGACAGGAAAUUAUCAUUGAAAUUAAAUGGUGGCAGACAUGUCCAAGGAAUAUUGUGGAUGUUCAAUCCGUUUAUGAAUCUUGUGAUAGAUGAAUGUGUGGAGAUGGCAACUAGUAGGCAACAGAACAAUAUUGGAAUGGUGGUAAUACAAGGAAAUAGUCUCAUCAUGUUAGAAACCUUGGAACAAGUAUAAACAAUGGGUGUGUUCAUCAGAAGAAAUCAACUGCUUCCACAUGUCCCCUCUCCAUACUACCUGUUUUACUACAAUAUAAAAAUCAGGUCAUGUGCAUUUUCAUAUUGAACUUUUUUGUUAAACUUUUAUAAUAGUCAGAAAAAAGAUGCAUAUAAAAAUACAGAAUGAUAAACAAAACUGUUAAUAGCAGUGCAUUUAUUGGAAAUUAAUGAUCGUAUAUUCGAUAAUUUAGCCAAAGUGGAUAAAUAUCUGGAUAAGUAGGAAAAUAUCAAAUUGAGGCAAGAAAAGUGGAACACUUGCAUAAGUAAACAUUGAAGAAAUUAAAACAACAAAGAUCUCUUCUUCAAUAAAGCCCCAGGUCCAGAUGGUUUUAUAGGUGCAUUUUGCCAAAUGUUCAAAGGACAAAUAAUCCCCAUACUGGAUGAGUUUUUGAGAGAUAUAGUAAAGAGAUAGGCUGCUCAGCCUUGUUGGCAGAAUUGAUAAUGAUAGUGCAACGGGGAGAAAGGCCAUUUCAUGUAUGAUCAUGUGAACAUCCUGAUUAAGGUGGCAGCUAACUGAAUCUCACAGUAAUAAAUAAGCGCUUUGUGAAUACAAUGUGUUUAUUCCAGAAUGCAAGGAUUUUUUUUUUUUUUAAGAUUUUAUUUA